ACCCCACCACUCCCCCAUUGCCCUACUUUGACCACCACCCUUAAACCAAAUCCACCUUUGAACCCCGAUCCAACCUCGAACCCAUAAUACCCUCAAACCAAGACCACCCUUUAACUUUAUCGUUUGAAUCUUUUGAAGUUUGUGAUUGUCACAAAAAUUGAAAGGUGAAGAGGAUGUGAAAGUUAGAAGCGAGGAGAGGGGAAAAUUUGGUGGUGUGGGGGAAGGGGUGGCCACUAUGGGGGAGGGGGUGCAAGGUGAUGGUGAGAGGGAAGACUUGUCCCACGUCGAUUAUAUAUGCAAUUGGUAUGGUAUGGGGUUUAUAAGCAAGUAAACUAUCUAACUUAAUAGACUAAUUCGAUGAACUCUUCUAUUUGUCUUAUCAAACAAGAUUUUUUUUUUAAAAAAAGUUGGUAGAUUUCAAAUUUUCACAAUUUGUGAAAGUAAAGAACGUUGAUUUUAAACUACGUAAAGGGCCAAGAGGCUAACGACCAUACCAAAUAAAGCAAACGGCAACUUGAACCCAUCUGACGUCGACCGAACACAAAAUCCCUCCUUUUCGUAGAUCCGAUCGUCAACUUCUUUCUCAUUGAUCUGCAAAUUCGACAUUUCCAUAAUCCAGCUUCAAAAUUUGGUGUAUUGAUGGAAAGAGAUGAAAUUCAACGAAUCAUCAUCAUCCAAUGCGUUAAGCAGAGAACAAUGAGUUCUUAAACUGCUCAUUUCUCAGUCCCGAUUUCUCCUUCUUCAACUGUUGCGAUUGAAUCAGUUUUUACAGACUCAAAUUCAAUUAAUAGAAUAAGAAAAAGAAUAAGGAAAGUAAGGCGACAAUUUUGAGUUUCCAUUUCAGUUGCAGAAUUAACGAGCAAUUGGAAUGGAUAAACACGGUGAUUUCAGUAAAGAUGAUCAUGAUCAUGAUAAUAAUGGCAAUGAGAGUUAUGUUCCGUUCGAUGUUGAAGUUAGAGAUUUUAAAGAAGAUAGGGUUCCGAGUGUUGUGGAUGAUACUAGUGAAGUUUCAGCCGCUAAUGUUUUGAAGACUUUGUUUUUCAUAUGCGUUUGGUAUACUUUCAGCUUGUUUUUAACGCUGUAUAAUAAAUCCUUGUUAGGGGAUCACAUGGGAAAGUUCCCGGCUCCCUUGUUGAUGAACUCAUUUCACUUUUCCAUGCAAGCUAUUUUAUCUAAAACUAUUACUUGGAUUUGGUAUGAAAGAUUUCACAAAGGUGAACAAAUGACAUGGAGGGAUUACUUUGCCAAAGUUUGUCCUACAGCUCUUGCAACGGCACUGGAUAUUAACUUGAGCAAUGUAUCACUUGUUUUCAUCUCUGUUACAUUUGCCACUAUGUGUAAAUCUACGUCUCCAAUAUUUCUUCUUCUCUUUGCGUUUGCUUUCAGGUUGGAGUCUCCAAGUUUAAAACUUUUUGGAAUCAUUCUAGUCAUCUCUUUUGGAAUUCUGUUAACUGUUGCGAAGGAUACAGAAUUUGAGAUUUGGGGAUUUAUCUUUGUUAUGCUUGCUUCUGUUAUGUCUGGAUUCCGGUGGUGUAUGACACAAAUUCUUCUGCAGAAAGAAUCCUAUGGGUUGAAGAACCCGCUUACCUUCAUGAGCUAUGUGACCCCAAUCAUGGCGCUGGUGACUGGUUUAAUGUCUCUUCUGCUGGACCCAUGGGAUGAGUUUCCUCAGAAUAAAUAUUUUAACAGCUCCUGGCAUAUCACAAGAAGCUGUUUGCUCAUGCUUUUUGGAGGUUUUCUGGCCUUUUUCAUGGUACUAACGGAGUAUAUCCUAAUCUCAGUAACGAGUGCAGUAACGGUCACAAUAGCAGGAAUUGUUAAGGAGGCUGUUACCAUAAUUGUUGCUGUCUUCUACUUCCAUGAUGAAUUUACGUGGUCGAAAGGGGUUGGUCUUCUAAUAAUUAUGGUUGGCGUCAGUUUAUUCAAUUGGUUCAAAUACCAGAAGAUUCAGGAGGUUCAAGUCAAUGAAAAUGCCAGGAAUCGGUCAGUUGCAACUAAUAUCCCCGCAAAAUAUGUCAUUCUUGAAGAGGCUGAUGAUCACAUAUGAAAAUAUUCCUGUUUUACAAGUAUUCGUCAAGGGAAAUCUCAUUUGGCUUAGAGUUAACGUGUAAAAAGAGCAUCAAACAUCCUGUAUGUAUACCACAUAAUUUUUCGUCCACCUUCCUGUACUGUUGGCAAAACCUUACAUGUUUAGGUGGGAGAUACAGUUGAGUCGAUUCAUUUUUCGAAUUGGACAUACCUUCUCAUGCCGUCAGCCUAAAAGUUGCAGCAACUGUCCGAAGCAUUAUAUCGAGCUGCUUGCUGUAUUGUUUUUGCCCUGUGUACCCGUUAUACCAGUCAUUAGAUUGUAUGUACUGUUAAAGACAUCAAAAUUCAACCGGCUUUUUUAAAUAGGUGAGAUGAGAUGUAAUAUAGCAAACUUCUGUACAUCAAUGGCGUUAAUUUUAUUUGUUAAAUAUUGUAACCAACAAAUUCAAAUAAAUAGUGUAACAUUCUGUCUGUGGAUUUCUACAGUUCAAUUGCAUAAGCAAAUACACGGCCUUAGUUCAGUGUUGGCGGAUCAACUGAGAGACCUAGAGUUGUAUUAUGAAGUAUUUUGAUCAAUCAUGGCUUGAAGAAGCACACAUCAAUAUGAAAACUACUUGAUCCAAAUUAUCAUAUUUGAACCUGACUAAACACUGG